UGUCCUGUAUCAGUUUGAAGUCUAAAAUUAGGGAGGCACCCCAACAGCAAAUGACGGAAGAGGGCUAAACUGGACAGUCUACUCGUCUCUGCGUGUCAAUGGUAACACGACUCAGGCCAUGGAAACGUUCCCUACAACUUUACUGUUGUUGAUGACAUAGACGUUAUUUUUAGAUGUUGUCAUCUUUCUGUAACAGCACGGCUGCGUCGUUCAGUAUAAAGGACUCUCUCAAAAUGCAGUUGUACAACAGUGCGCUGACACACUACCCGAAGUCGUCUCGCAAAGUUACAAUAACUUUAUCGGCCGGGUCUGAGCGUUUGAACGGGACGACGCCAAGUCCCUCUGAGGCUGAGAAACCAGGAUUUACACACCCAGGCGCUUCAGCGACCAACGGGGAUCCAGUGAGAGAGGCUGCUUCUUCCGCAAACAUGCCUGCUUUUUCAUGUUAUGAAGCUUCGUCUAUGAGGCCCGUCUACUUCACAUCGACUGCUGAAAUACUAAUCCGGAGACCUGAUGGAGUGGAGAGGUCUGUACCUGUCCAUAUCAUGCGGGAGUCCAAGACCAAACCACGCUCUCCUGACUCACAUAAUGGUGGAAGUAUCCUCUGUAAUGACUGUGACUCUGAUGUGAUUGUGGACUUGAUAGAUCAUCUAAGAAAUGGGCCAGAUGAGCUUUUUCCUGACUGCCCAGAGCUGGUUGGAAAUCACCUUUUCAACAGGAGCAACAUAUGUAGACCCAGGAUAGAAGGAAAGAAGAGGACGGCUGAAAGUUCAUGUGAAGUAGAUACAGUUUCAGUGACUAAUGCCCCCUUCAGAAGCAACGGAUGGGCCUCCUUACAUGAAGAGGAGCUAGUUCCCUCCAGGGCAGCUCAGCCUGAAGCCCUCAUAAAGGGCGAUUUCAGUGAUCAGAGUAGUGGCAAAGCUGCUCCAGCAUCAAAUGAGAGACGGGCCUUUGAGCUCAGUGUUCUCCAGGAGCCGCCUCCACAGAGACGCCAAGAGAGAGAGGAUGUCAACGAUAAAGUCACACGGUACUUGGCUGAAGUUGAGAAACAAAACCGGUACCUCCAGGAGAGGCAUAAAUAUAGGUACCACAUCAUUCCAGACGGCAACUGUCUGUACAGAGCUGUGUGCAAAGCCACAUACGGGGACCAGACGAGGCACGGGGAGCUAAGGGAGCAGACGGUGCACCACAUCGCCGACCACUUGGACGAGUUCAACCCCAUCAUUGAAGGGGAUGUAGGGGAGUUCCUGAUCAACGCGGCGCAGGACGGUGCCUGGGCGGGGUACCCUGAGCUUCUCGCCAUGAGCCAAAUGCUUAAUGUCAACAUCCACCUAACAACAGGGGGUAGCUUGGAGAGCCCCACUGUCUCCACCAUGGUGCACUAUCUCGGGGAGGAGGAUGCUUCCAAACCAGCUAUCUGGCUGAGUUGGCUCAGCAAUGGUCACUACGACGUCCUUACAGACAAGAGUCUCCCCAACCCAGAGUACGAGGACUGGUGCAGACACUCACAGAUGCAAAGGCAGCGAGACGAGGAACUGGCAAAGUCGAUGGCGGCCUCGUUAUCUAAAAUGUACAUUGAGCAAAAUGGAUGUGCAUAAAAGUAAAAACUGUUUGUUGAGAGUUAAGAACCUCUCAUUCUGCUUGGUUUUCUACAUGCUUGAAAUUAUUUUUAUAAGAUUUAUACAGUGAAAGAAAGGUAGUGCAGUGCACAUACUUUGUUUUUUGUAUAUGCCAGCAUUGCCAAAUUAGUGGCAGUGGUCUCUGAAAGUGUUUGAAAGAGUGUGAGCCGGUUCUUCUUGUUAGUUUGGGUUAUGUUGACAUGACUGAAAAUCGUCACUGCUGUUCAAUUACAGUACAUGGAAAUGCUUUUAGGUAUGCAGUAUUUAUUUGCCUUUUAUUGUCAGACCAGUGCUUUUUCUAUAAUGUCUGUGCUUUGUAUGCCAUUUCCUAUUACAGAGAAACUUGGUUUGCCAUUUUCCACUAUAGCUGCAUUGUUUGAUAACUGUAUAGCAACUCUCUUUUGCACAAAGGUCCUAUCAGACAAGUCCAGAGAGUCUGAUUUGUGACUGUGAGAACAAUCCAAUGGUUCUUUUUUCUAUUAUUCCAUCUCUUUUUAGGCUUUUGACAAAAUAUUUCAAAAUAAAGUUUUUGAGAAACCA